AUGAUGGAGGAACAAGCCCGGAUAAUGCAGGCGCUCAGCGGCGUGACUCUGGCUGGCCAUUCGGUACAAGGAGGCAUGGGACUACCGCCGCCCCACGGACACGAGGGGACGGAUGGGGACGGAAGAAAACAAGAUAUUGGGGACAUUCUUCAUCAAAUAAUGACAAUUACCGACCAAAGUCUGGAUGAGGCGCAAGCAAAGUUGGUCCCUUUUAAUUAUUUUUAAUUUCGCGAAUUAAUAAUUGUACACGAAGUGGGCUAAUUAUUUCAUUGUGGGUUAUUCUGUAGAUAGAGGCUACAGGCAUAGUCUAUAGGCCAAUAGCAACUUUUGAAAUUCUGACAGAUUGUUCAUUGGAAGCCUAAUGUUCAAUAAGGUAGUUUAGGCAUUAUGUCUCAUGUGCCCUAUCUUGCAAAUUGUGUCUUUGACCAAAUAAAAUGUUAACAUGAUAAUGACAAACAUACAGUGAUAACUAUACAAUUAACUUAAUGUGAAGUUGGAUGCCAUUGUGGAACUAUAUACCAUAAAUUCUACAUGUGCCUUAUGAGGCCUAUGAGUGUGAGUUAUUUCCCCACUUUUAAAGGCACAAAACUGAUAUUAUAGCUAAUGUUGUUACUAACAAGCAUAUUUUUAUUUACUGACAAAGGAAACAUGGAUUGAACUGUCACAGAAUGAAACCCGCGCUCUUCAGCGUUCUCUGCGAAAUCAAAGAGAAAACA